AUGCCUCAACCUAAAGUAACUUUUGUCGAAUUACCAUUUAAAAAAAGAACUAAAAACUAUUUAAAAAGAGCUUCAGAAAACCUCUUUAACAAUGCCAAAAUUGCUAGUUUAACGCAGUCUAUGUUAGUUUAUGAACAACAAAAUAACAAAUUUGGUGAAAUAAAAAGCUUCGUGAGACUUUUAGAAGAUUUGAAUAUGCUUGAAAAAGAGACUAAUCCUGAAGCAAACGGCAUUCCAGGGCAAAGUGAUGCAUUAGAUUUCUCUACUGGAGAUAUAGGAUUUAAUAUUGCUAAGGCUUUUCUUAAAUAUGGAUACAAGAAGUAUGUAAUCUCAAUCAAAGUAAUUCGACAUGCUAACAGUGAAUAUCUUGAAGAGGAAAAAUUGAAAAGAGAAAAUAGAGCCAAAACGUUAGCAGAAGAAGGUGUAAAUGUUGAGUUGGUAGACUAUAACAAACAUGACGAACUUGUCAAAGCUUUAACAGGAGCUAGUUUUGUUGUUAGUGCUUUAGAAAGAUUUGUCCCAUCUGAGUUUUAUGUUGAUUAUAAAUCUAUUACAGAAGAUUCUAUAAAACUAAUUCCUAAACCAUUUUGGUAUACCUUCGAAAAUAAGAAAGAUUUUCAAGAAGUAUUAGAAAAGAGAAAAGUUGUAAAGAAAACAGAGAUCAUGGAAUUAAGCAGAGUUAAACUUGACUAUUUUUAUCUUUAUGCUGGGUUAGCUUACGAGUAUCUUGCUUGGCUCGGAUUUGAUACAACUACCAGAGAUGCUAACUUUUAUGCAGAAAGAGAUAAAAAAGUGUCUCUUACAUCUUUAGCAUAUUGGCAGAUAUGUUGUAGAACUGACAAAGAAUGGUCAGACAUAUAUCCUUUCGAAGAUCUAAAUAAUCUAAAUGCACAUGAUCACGAGGAGAUCAAAGUUGUACAGGCUAGAAACCUAGAUUUAGACAGAGUUAUUGAAAUUUUUGUUAGAACAAAUGCAAAAGAGCAGUUAGAUCUUAGUCAUAUACAUGAAUUUCCAGAAUUGUUAAAUGACCUUAAAUGA